AUGGGAACGCCGGGAGGAGAGGGUGCUGAUCGCAUUCCAAAAUGGCUUGCAGGAGAGUCCACUGGGUCUACAAAAAACAGCCCAUUUACAUUACCAGAUGCUUAUGUGGCAUCUCAGCAUAGAAAUCAAAAAAAUUUAGGAGAGAUAAGGCAACUAUUACAAGAAGCUUCUUUAGAAGAGAGUCGUAAACGAGAAUUAUCGUCUGCACUUCAUGUGUUCUUCAAGGACUGGUUAUAUGCUUCAGGGAACAUUCGUCAACUUUACUGUCUCCAAGGUGAUUAAUCUUUCGCAGACGAUGCUAGGGCACAGUUAAUGACAGUAAAUGGCGAAGGUUUUUGGUUUCCUUUUUGAUACUUAGAAUACCCCUUGCCAAUUCUAUUGGCCCAAUAGGUAGCUGAGAUCUGAUGACGUGAAAUAGAAUGCCCCACCAGUUGUUCAAAAAAAAAAGAAUGCCCCACCUAUUUAUGCGGUCACGUCACUCUGCACAGAAUGGAAUGGAAUAUACAAUCGGUAAUCUGAUUGUAAUUUUUUUUAUUUGUGAAAAUAAUUACUGUAAUAUUUUGUUAGUCUAAAUUAAUGGCCUUUUUUUUAAUUUUUUUUUUCAAAUUGCUCCUUGAUCUAGUGUACUGCUUGAUUGAUUUCUUGGGUUUUCACUUUUACCAAAUUGUGUAGGACAGAAUAUUGAAUUUUGGGGUUUUAUGGU